CCAAGUCUUUCCAUUUCAACUCCAUGGAUUUUCAUUUCUCCUUCGUUUGAGGUAUUUCAUUUCGUCUCUGUUAGAUUUUACAUGUUUUUGUGGAUAUUGAUUGUAGACAAGUAGUAACCCUAGCUUAACCCACCUCACACACUCACAGACACUGUGUGAUUCAUUUUGUAUUUCCCCUGGAAUUGCACUAUGGAUUUUGACAAGCUUGAAGUUGUAGAUGCAACACCUCUGCGUUCUCUACCUCCAGGUAUAACCCCUUUUCCUCCUCCUACAUCAAACCCCACCCCAGUUAAAGGUAAAGUUAGUGUGUCAAAGAGAAAAAACUCAAAAACCCCUUCAUCAAAGACUACUAGUAGUGCAAAAUCAAACAAGAAAAUCAAGAUUAGUGAAGAAGUUAGGUUGUCAUCACUAGAAGGGGAUAGUGCAUCUGUAUCAGGUGUUUUGAUGAAAUUUGAUGCACUUAGAAGAAGGCUUCUCCAGAUUGGAAAUGAUGAACCCAAUCAGAGACCGGAUUUGAAAGCUGGAACGAUUAUGAUGAGUAAUGGGUUCAGAACGAAUACGAGGAAGAGGAUUGGGGGUGUUCCGGGGAUUGGUGUUGGAGAUAUAUUCUAUUUCAGAAUUGAGACUUGCUUGGUUGGAUUGCAUACUCCGAUUAUGGCUGGAAUUGAUUAUUUGGUCUCGAAAAAUGCUGAGGAACCUCUCGCGGUGAGCAUUGUUUCGUCUGGAGGGUAUGAAGAUGAUGUUGGGGAUGGGAAAGUGCUGAUUUAUACUGGCCAAGGUGGGAAUGUCUCUACUGAUCAGAAGCUUGAGAGGGGAAAUCUCGCAUUGGAGAAAAGUUUGCACCGGGGAAAUGAAGUUAGGGUUAUUCGGGGUGUCAAGGAUAUUGAGAAUCCAAAUUGUAAAGUGUAUAUGUAUGAUGGUCUGUAUAAAAUUCAAGAGUCGUGGACGGAUAAGAGCAAAAUGGGUGCGGCUGUUUUCAAAUAUAAGUUGGUGAGAAUACCUGGGCAACGUGAAGCAUUCACUAUUUGGAAAUCAAUUCAAACAUGGAGGAAUAACAUUAGCUCUCGGCCUGGGCUUAUAUUACAAGACAUAACCUCAGGAGCGGAGAAGAUACCGGUGUCUCUUGUAAAUGAGGUUGAUGGUCUUACAAAACCUCCUCAAUUUGUUUAUGUUACUGGUCUCAAGCAUUCAAGAACUACGGAAUCCUCUAUUGGCUGCAGCUGUCAAGGUACAUGUGUUCCAAAUUCCGAUUGCUCUUGUAUUCGGGCCAAUGGAGGGGAUACCCCAUAUGCCAAUGGGGUUCUUGUGAUUCAAAAAUCUGUGGUACAUGAGUGUGGUCCUUCUUGUUCAUGUUACCCUGAUUGCAGUAACCAAGUGUCGCAAAAUGGUCUGAAACUUCGUCUGGAGGUUUUUAAGACCAAGGAUAAAGGUUGGGGACUUCGGUCUUGGGAUCCUAUACGUGCUGGUACAUUCAUUUGUGAAUAUGCAGGGGAAGUCAUUGGUAAAGAUGAUAGAGGAGGCGGAGCAAAUGUGGAUGAUGAAUAUACCUUUAACGCUACCAAUACAGAAAACUACUACUCAAAUGAAUGGAACUAUGUUCCAGAGCUAAUAGAGGAAGAGAGGCACAUGGAUUCGAAUGAGAAAUUCAAGCCUUCAUCUCCCAUAAUGAUCAGUGCCAAGAAGAUGGGAAAUGUCUCUCGGUUCAUGAACCAUAGCUGCUCUCCAAAUGUACUUUGGCAGCUCGUCAUGCAUGGCAAAAGUAAGGAUUCUUUCCCGCAUAUCAUGUUCUACGCACUUAAACAUAUACCUCCAAUGACAGAGUUGACGUAUAAUUACGAGAACUGCGGACUAAAGAAAAGAUGCUUCUGUGGGUCCUCAAAUUGCAGAAGUUAUUUUGGUUAGGAGUCCAGCAAGAGAAAACUAGUUAGGAAAUCGUUUUCGAACAAUUAAGAAUGUUCAAGUCUCUGACUUUGCUAACUGCUUUUUUAGAUUGUUAUGGAGAAAUAGUUUUUCACUUCGUUCGCUGUUUCUCCUUUAAUGCAUGGUUUGAUUGGUCAUGUUACGUUGUCCAUGUUAGAUGUGUUGGAAUGUUUUUCUUGUUUUUGUAAGAAGUGCAUCUUCUGUAGAAAAUUUUCAGCUGUAGGCAUGAAUCAGAAAAACAGUCAUCAGGCAGCUGUUUGAACAAACGCUAGCCCUUCAUGUAUUGGUCCAGCUGAGGUUAACAUGGCUAAAGGAAGGGGUGUGUGGCAAUUGAAGUGAAGACUAGAUCUUCACUGCAGCUUCUAGUGGAUGUAAAGGCUAAUGAUGGCAGUUCAAUACGAUUCAGCUUCUAGUGGAUGUGAAGGUUAAUGAUGGCAGUUCAACACGAUUCUGGAAGGACUGGUGUCUGAAUAAGAAAAAGGUUAUCGUUUGUUUUCUUUGUCUGUUCAAACUUUUUGCUCGAACAAGGAUUCAGUAGUUCAUCGAACAACUGAAGGAAACAUAACAGGGAAUUGGCUGCCAGAAAAUCUAAACAAAUGGAGAUUAGACUACUUCCAUUACAUGAUUGCUGUGAUGAAUGUAGUGAAUUUUGGUUAUUUCUUGGUAUGAGCUAGGUGGUAUAGCUACAAGAUAGUGGAACUGCAACCAAAGAGGGUCGCAGAGAAACCAUUGUAUGGGUAUAGAUUUGUGAGGUGUAACGAGAGUGUAAGAGAGAUAUAUGUGAGGUGUAAUAGUGUUGUUUCUUUUUCUGUAGACGCUUAAUGAAAUACUGAAUCUCAAAAGUUGAUAA